AGUCAGCAUUGUGUGUGCAGCACUGACCAUCUGUUGGAUUCCAGAGAAGAAUUAGCUGCAGCUGUUUUAACACAUGCAAAAUGAGAUAGUAUUUUCCUUAACUAAAUUGGAUCUUUUUCAUUCCUGGAGGCUGUUGUAAAUUCGUACAGCUUUCCUGAAACUGUUUUUAUCUCCUCCGAAUGCCAUCUGGCUUCCAUAAUGAUACUGCUUCUAUGGAUCGCUUUUGCUACUUGCACUGUUUGUGCUGAAGGCACCAAUGAAUAUUCUAGUCCACAGUACACUUUGUAUACCAUCUACGUUCUCGAGGAAGCUCCUCAGCGCCAUUAUGGAAAGGAGCCUUUGAUUAGCGAGAAGGAGGUUGAGGAAUGUUUCAAGGAGCACGCGAAUGUGUCAGAAAAAAGGCUGGCAUUGGAACAAAAGCUCGCUAAAGAAGGUAGAGUCAUAAAACCAGACGCAAAUUGCGCCGACAUCAGUAUCAUUCGAAGAAGGAGGACAGAUCCCCAUGUUCAUAUGCUUGAAUCGAAACAACUGAUAUUUGGAACAGUGACAGAUGUCCUGAUACAAAAGCAUAAUUUGUCUCCCAAAGACGUCUACGAGAAACUGCCGGAACAACCUCUGAAAGGUGACUACUGCACACACGCCAGGGAUGAAUGCGUCGCACCUACAACCGUCGGUCAGUGUGAUCCAAAUGCUCUUUACCGCAGGGCUGAUGGCACAUGCAACAACUUACAAAAUCCAGACUGGGGCUCAUCUGGUGUCUGUUUCAGAAGGCUUUUGCCUCCUAGUUACGUAGGUCAGUCCGGUUUUAGACAAUCUGUUCUUGGUGGACCUUUACCCCAACCAAGGGAUCUGUCGGUGAAUGUCCAUAACAAUCUCAACAGGCCCACCAAUUAUGUCAACCACCUGUACAUGUUCUUCGGACAGCUCCUAGAUCAUGAUAUCACUCAAGCUCCAAUUAGUACAACAGUCGACAAUCAAGCCAUCCAGUGCUGCCCACCAGCGAAUAAUACUCACCCGCAAUGUGCUCCUAUCAUCAUUCCUCCAAACGAUUACUUUUAUUCUCAGUUCGGAACCACCUGUAUGAAUUUCGUAAGAUCAGCCAUAUGUCCUACAUGUCGUCUGGGUCCUAGGCAGCAAAUCAAUCAAAUAACUGCUUUUAUUGAUGCAUCCUUUGUUUACGGUAACAGCGAAAAUGAAACAAGGACCUUAAGAACUCUCGAUGGGACUGGCCGACUACGUUCUGAAAGAUCGAGGUAUGGAGAUCUUUUGCCUUCGAGUCCUGAUCCACAAAAUGACUUCUGCAGCUUUCCGGAAACGAAUGAUAUCUGCUUUCAAGCUGGUGAUUCCAGAGCUAAUCAGCAUCCUCCUUUGACAUCUCUUCACACCAUCUUCAUGCGCGAACACAACCGUCUUGCUGACGGAUUGCGCAGAAUGAAUCCAUCGUGGGACGAUGAGAGGAUAUUUCAAGAAGCAAGGAGAAUCGUAGGAGCAGAAAUGCAAGUCAUCACCUACAAAGAAUACCUCCCUAUAACCCUGGGAAAUGAGAGAAUGACCUUCUUCAAGCUGUGGCCAUCUAAUGGUGGAACCACUAGAUAUGACAGUAGUUUGGACCCCAGUCUCUACGUGGAAUUUUCAGCUGCAGCAUUCCGCUUUGGCCAUUCUCUCAUCAACAGUCUCAUUGCGUACUCACCCUUGAAUGCUACCAAUGGCAGGAGGCUGCUCAGGGAUGGAUUCUUCCAACCUUUUGACUUGCGCCAGGGAAUCAUUGGCCCCCUCAUGAGUGGAAUCUCGAGUAGUCCAGCGCAAUGGUUUGACAGGAACUUAGUUCCGGAUGUAACGAAUUACCUGUACAGAAUUCGCGGAGAUCAAACUGGUCUCGAUUUGGCUUCCAUCAACAUUCAAAGAGGAAGAGAUCACGGAUUGCCUCCUUAUGUAGAUAUGGUACAUUUUUGCUCAGACAAUGCCUUCAGAAUUCAGCGUUUUGAUGAUUUAGUUAGAAACAAAGUCAUGACGUAUGAAAACAUGCAACUGCUGCAAAGGAAUUACAGGGAUGUAAGAGAUAUAGAUUUGUGGACUGGUGUCCUUAGUGAGAUUUACAAUGAUGGAGCCGUUGUUGGGCCAACAGCUACUUGCGUCAUUGGACUUCAAUUCAAUAGGCUUAAGUAUGGGGACAGAUUCUACUUCGAACAUAGGAAUCAAGCCGGGUCAUUCACUUACCAACAAAUGCAGGAGUUACGAAAAAUGACUUUAGCUAAAAUCAUCUGUUUGAACACUGAAGUGAAAACGAUGCCACUAAAUGCAAUGCUAUUCAAUGACAGAAACUCUGGAAAGGAAUCGAAUUGGGGGCACUUUUGGAGAAACUAUGGGAAGCCCAGCUUUAGAAGAAAGACUAAUCCUUUGAUAUACUGCAAUUAUGCAAAAGGUGUUGAUCUAUCUUACUGGAGAGAGUAAAAUGUUCAGAAAAUGCUGUUGGUAAAAUAAUUUGUAUUAAAAAAAUUUUGUAAUAAUUGAAAUAUUUCUCGGAUAAUUUGGAUUUGUAAAUUUUUAUGUAUUUGUAAAAUAAAAAAAUUUUUUUAACAAAAA